AUGGCAUUCCGUUUAUUCUCCUCAAAGAGUCAUAAUACGAUUUCAUCUAAAUUUUUAUCGGUAACUACGGUGCGUGGGUUAGCUUCGGUUGGUAAUACGCCAACUUUUACGAAACCUCUUUCGGUAGCUGGUUUAUAUGCUUCAAAACAUAUAAGAAAUGAUUGGACCCGAGAAGAAAUAAAAUCUAUUUACGAUUCACCUCUAAUGGAUCUUUUAUUUUACGGUGCAAAAGUACAUCGUGAGAAUUUUGAUCCACUCGCCGUACAACAAUGUACUUUAUUAAGCAUAAAAACAGGCGGAUGUUCAGAAGAUUGCGCUUAUUGUCCUCAAUCUUCAAAGUAUAAAACUAUGGUAAAGGCAACUAAAUUAUUAGACACGGAUGAAGUACUCGUGGCUGCUAGAAAAGCAAAAGAAGCCGGUAGCACUAGGUUUUGUAUGGGAGCUGCAUGGAGAGAUCUAAAGGGUAGAAAAAGUAAUUUCAACAAAAUCGUGAGUUAUGUGAAAGAGAUUAGAUCCAUGGACAUGGAAGUUUGUUGUACUCUAGGAAUGUUAAAUGAAUCGCAAGCAAAAGCGCUUAAAGAUGCAGGUUUAACAGCAUAUAAUCAUAAUUUGGAUACUUCACGAGAAUAUUAUCCAAAAAUAAUUACCACAAGAUCAUAUGAUGAACGUCUUGAAACCAUUUCAAACGUUCGUGAAGCUGGUAUAUCUGUUUGUUCAGGCGGCAUUAUUGGAUUGGGUGAAACUUCUGAGGAUCGCGUAGGAAUGUUACAUACUUUAGCAACAUUGCCACAACAUCCUGAAAGUGUUCCUAUUAAUGCUCUUGUACAGGUUGAAGGUACUCCUAUGGAGAAACAAGAGCCCGUGUCAAUUUGGGAAAUGGUUCGUAUGAUUUCAACAGCGCGCAUAGUCAUGCCAAAAUCAAUGGUUAGAUUAUCAGCUGGUCGAGUACGAUUUUCUCAACCCGAACAGGCUCUCUGUUUCUUUUCUGGUGCAAAUUCUAUUUUUACUGGUGAUAAAUUAUUAACAACGGAUAAUAAUGAUUUUGAUUCAGAUCAAGUAAUGUUCAAAACAUUAGGUCUUAUUCCAAAGCCUCCAAAUUUUGAUCAAGGUACUUCGUCAUCUAAAAUUAUUGAUAAUGAACAAAUGGAAUAUUCUAAUAAUGUUCAAGGACAAAGUUCUUUAUAA